UAUUCGCAAAUUGCUCCACUUCACAUCUUUAUUUUCCGAUCGUUUGGACCAUUUGUGAACUGUGAUGCAGCUCUCCUUGUGAGCAGAUGAAACAAGCUGUGCUCACGAUAGUUUUAAAAAAAUUGACAAACUUCAUCGUUAGUGACAGCCUUUGCGUCCUCCAUCUAGGCUUAGGGUGUGAUGAGUGAGGAUUCGUACUCCACUUAAGUGAGUGGAUUAUAUGGUCGCCAGCACUGCAGUGAUACGUGUCCAGGGCUUCAGCGCUCCAACAAAGCUCCACUCAGCAGUCGCAACGUUCUCAGCCACAAAACUUCGUCCAUCCAGAUUUCAGAUGUACAAAUCACCAUUCCAAUUCACAAAGCAAGAGGCCACUCCAACCUCCACUUCUUUAUUCUAUUCUUAAUAUUCACACGUUUCUUUACGUACCAACCUCAUUCUCUUCGACUAUAAAUAGCUGUCUCUAGCCAAAGGAAAGAUCAACAACGAAUAUAGUAGAUUAGAACUCAUUUCUUUAGCUCAUACGAUGGCCGGUUUGAGGUCUUUAGCUCUCGUUGCAUUGCUUGUUUCAAGCUUUGUUGUGGUUUCGCAGAGCCGAGUGGCAAGAAAGGACCUGGGUCUGGAUCUGGGUGGGGUGGGAGUUGGAUUGGGUGUUGGUGUAGGCCUUGGGUUAGGUGGGAGUGGUUCAGGCUCAGGCUCAGGCUCGGGCUCGGGCUCGGGCUCUGGAGCUAGUUCUGGAGCAGGUUCGGCUUCUUCAUCAGGUUCAGGGUCCGGCUCAGGCUCAGAAGCAGGUUCAUACGCCGGGUCAUACGCGGGUUCCAGGGCUGGGUCAGGAUCCGGAAGUAAUCAAGGACGAGGAUCAGGCUCUGGGUCAGGCCAAGGGCAUGGUCAAGGUUCAGGUUCUGGCUCUGGCUCUGGAUCUGGUUCUGGUCAUGGUGAAGGAUAUGGGGAGGGCUCUGGUCGAGGAAGCGGCUCUGGUGAAGGAUCAGGCCAUGGCGAAGGUUAUGGCUAUGGUGAAGGCUCGGGGCGUGGAAACUAAAUGACCAAGAACAUAAAGAGUAUAAUAAAAGAAUAAAAUGGUCGUCUCUAUUUGACUAUGUGGAGAAGAAAUAAGUAGAUGAGACCUAUGUGCAUGUGAAUAAUAAUCUUUAUUAGGGCAUGUUCUAGGCAUUAUGUACUUCCCUUCUUUAAUAUUACUGCGUGUAUGAGCUUUUUCA